AUGCGUCGCAGCGCCAGCUUCAUGGGGGGGGCCCCUGCUGCUGCUGCUGCUGCUGCUGCUGCUCCUGCUGCUGCUGCUGUUCCUGCAGCGCGGGGGCGCCUGGCGGCCUCCCCCGCCCGUUCAUCAAGGAGUGAGGCGGUGUACGUACACCGCAGCGGCCCGAAGAACCUAUCAAACUUCCAGGCGCUGAAGCAAGCUGUUCCUGCAGCGCGGGGGCGCCUGGCGGCCUCCCCCGCCCGUUCAUCAAGGAGUGAGGCGGUGUACGCACACAGCAGCGGCCCGAAGAACCUUUCUAACUUCCAGGCGCUCAAGCAAAACCUCCUCGCAUCCUCGCAGCCACUCUUUAACACAGGGGGCCCCGGAGGGGCCCCCCUGGGGGCCCCCCUGGGGGCCCCCCAUGGGGCCCCCCAGCCGUUGCAGAUGCCAGGGAUUCCGUUAGAAGGGGAUCUGGCGGAGCGGCUGCGCUCGCUGGAGGUGAGUGGAAGUUCGGGGGGCCCCCCUAGCAGCAGAGGCAUGGGGGGCCCCCGUCAGGGGGGCCCCCCGUCUUCUAGGGGUUCUUCUCGUGUUUGUUAUUCUGGCAAUCAGUACCCAAGACGAAGGUUAAGGGCCCCCUCUAGGGGCCGUAUGGGGGCCCCAAGGGCUGUAUCUCCUGCUGAGAGCCUUCUUCCUACGGAGCAUCAGCUGCAGCAGUUGCAGCAGCUGCAUCAGCUGCAGCAGCUGCAGCAGCUGCAGCAGCUGCAGCAGCAACUGCAGCAGCAACAGCAGCAGCAGCAGCAGCAGCAGCUGGAUGCUGCAUUGUCUCCUUCUUCUAUUGCAGGCCCUUCUCCUGGCUGCAGCGACGCCCCCGCCUUCGCCAGCCCCAGGGACGCUGAGGAUGCAGACAUCAGCACCAGUGCAACUCUACCCACAGAAGCAGCAGCAGCAGCAGCAACUGCAGCAGCAGCAGCAGCAGCGGCAGCAGCAGCAACAGCAGCAGCAGCAACGGCAGCAGAGCAUCAGCAGCUGCCACAGGUGCAGCAGCAGCAGGCAUCCCAGCAGCAGCAGCAGCAACAGGCAACCCAGCAGCAGCAGCAGCAGCAGCAGCAUCAGUUGCAGGUACAACAAGAGCAGCAGGAGCAGCAGCAGCUUUCAGCAGCAACAUCAUCAUCAUCAGGUUAUAUGAAGGGUUUAGGGAGGACUUUGGUUGCUGUGGUUGCGUUUCUUUGGCUCGCUAUUUACGCCUUCAAGGAGAUGCAGCAUUCUCUCUUUUCUUCUGCUGCUGCUGGCAGGGGCGCUGCAUGCACAGGCUGCAGCAGCAGCAGACAGCAGCAGCAGCAGCAGCAGCAGCAGCAGCAGCUGAUGCUGAUGCAACAGCUGCAACAGCAGCAGCAGAUAUAUCCAUUCAACCAGAGGGGUUGGGCCUAUCCGCCCUACGAAGGAAUGCUGGAGCAGCAGCAGCAGCAGCAGUUGCUGCUGCAGCAGCAGCAACUGCUGCAGCAGCUUGAAUAUGAACGCCAGGUUAUGAGGCAGCAAAUACUGAGGGGUACAGCCCCCUCGCUGCUGCUGCAGACACUGGAACGACAAGAAGCGAUACAACGAGAGCUUACGUUUGUGGUUGAUGCAGAGCAGCAGCAGCGGCAGCAGCUGCAGCAGCAGCAGCUGCUGCAUCAACAGCAGCAGCAGCAGUUUGAUUACUGCGACCAAUGCAUGCACAGCAGCAGCAGCAGCAGCAGCCAGCAGCAGCAGCAGCAGCAGCAGAAGCAAGCCAGGGUUUUUGAGGGCUCUGAUGAAGAGUUUUGUGUUCAAGUUUCUGGUGGUGCUGUGGGCUGCAUAUGCAUGCAUCUUGGGGUGUAUGCACACCUGGAAAGAUAG